AUGGAGAGCACUGACGGAGCGCUGGCGACAAAGAAGCAGCCGGUCGGGCUGCCGUUGUGGCGUGGCGGCAGUGCACCGCAGGCGGCUCCGGGCAGGCACUCGCCGCUACUCGACGACCGCCCCCUGCCCCCGAGCCCGCCGCCCCACGAGCCCCUCCAGCCCGUGCGCCGGGCGUGGGGCGGGGGCGCAGUGCCGCUCGUGGCCGGGUCGCCACUGCCCGACAUGGGCGCCUUCUCCUACUCCUCCUACCCCUCGACCCUGCCCGCACUCGGCAGCCCCAUACCAGAACCGCAGCAGCAGAAAGAAGAUGAAGAAAAAAUAGAAAAAGAUGAAGAUGAACCAACCAGCAACUACAAGAAGGAAGAAGAUGUGGGGUGGAUUAGCGUUGAGAGCGCGCACGUGGGGGCCAUCGCACCCCUGCCGCCCUCGCCGCGCCCCCCACAGGCGGUCGAGGAAGAGAAGGAGGGAGAGGCGCACAAUGCACCCGGGCAGGAGCUGCCCCGGCCGGACCUGGGCUCACCUGUAGGAGGCACUGCCUCGAGGCCAACGUCGACCGGGGUGGCUGCGGGAUCGUACGACAUCGCCAUCAGCGCCCCGUUCGACUUCCCGCGCGACGACACGCAAGGCUUCUCUACCUUUGCUCCCAGCUACGCCGGUCGGGUGGCGCAACCGCCAGGGAAGCAAGAGCGAGGAGAACAGGAGCACAGCAACACGGCGCUGUGGAGCAAGGUGGCCCUCCUUCCCGCGGGUCUGCUGUCGCACAGCGUGGAGCUGCUGGGCAACAGAUCCGACACACUCGGCUUUGCCCAGGCCAAGCCUGAUUCGCCAAACGCAGAGAUUGCGGCAGCGUUCCCGGGGCUACCGCGACAGUUCGAGGGGUCGGCGCGAGUGAAAAAAGCCCGGCCUCCUCCGCCGGACAGCAGCUCGCGCCGUCCGCUGUCCGUCACCUCUACCAGCACCACGCUCGGCGACUACGCCCUGACGCCCGAAGACCAGGCCUUCUGGCUGGAGCACGAGCGAUCGUUGGUGCUCGCGCAGUCGUGCAUUCGCCGCCGACAAGCGAUGCGAGUCUAUCCUCGGCACAGGAAGCGACAUCGGAUAGCACUCGAGCUGUGGACCACGGAGCAGACCUACAUCAAGGCCCUCCAGCAGUGCACCCAGAUCAGAAAGCGACUGGAGUCCCACCAGCCAAAGCCCAUCCUUAGUGCGCUCGAGAUCAAGGCACACUCCGCCUUUCCGCUCCAGCCCUUGGCUAGGAUUGAAACAAUCUUCUCGGAGACUGAGACCAUUCUGCUCUACGCGACGGUGCUCGAGGGCAAGCUGCGACAGCAGCUCGAGCACUGGCACGUGGACCAGACCCUGGCACAUGUCUUCACCGAAAUCCAACCCUAUUUCAAGGUGUACAACCGCUACAUGAUCCAGUACAACGCCUCCCUCACAGCCUUCAAGCACGCUCUCCAAAGUUCGUCUUUCCAGCAGUUCCUGGAGGCCUGCGCGGAAGACUUUGUCCACACAGAUCUGCCCUCCAUCCUCAUCAUGCCGGUGCAACGGAUCCCGCGAUAUAUCCUGCUCCUCGAUGCGCUGGUUGCUCACACGCCAACGACGCACAUCGACUACGCCGACCUGUGCCAGGCGCUCGACGUCAUGAAGCGAUUCACCGAGUCGGCCAACCAGACGCAGCGCAACUACGAGCGCUACCAGGCCAUCCUUCGCCUUCACGAGCUCCUUCAGCCUCAAAUUCCUAAUCUGGUGGUGCCAUCGCGAGUAUUCCAGGGCGCGGGGUCGCUACUGAUGCUCGACGGGUCGCGGGUCAUGCGCCGCAACCAGCGGAAGGUGCGGCAGGUCUUCCUGUUCAACGACCUCCUGGUCGUCACCAAGCACCUCCGAUCGGAGAACAAGUACCACCUCAAGGUGCUCGUCUUCCUCGCCAGCGUCCAGCUCGACCACAACCCGCCCGUACCCGGCGAGGAGGGCGAGCGGUGCUUCCUGCUGCGGAGCCGGAAGAGACCGGAGCAGUCGUUGCUGCUGGAGGCGCGAAGUAUGGAGGACAAGAUGGCGUGGGUCAUCGCCAUCGAACGCGCCACCUACCUCCUCGCCCAGCCCCGCACCACACAGAACCUGCCCUCCUGA